UACGUUUCUUUGUUUACUUAAAAGCGUAUGGGAUUUUUGUAUUGAGAUAUUUGGUGUCAGUGUUCUUGAUGGUUUCGGGUGAUGAUUCCAAUGGUGGUCGAUUAUCACGUAAAACUGCAAGAUCUCCAAAUCGCAAAUGCAAGAAAACAGAUGCAGACCUAGCGAAAGAGGCAGCGUUGCGAAAUGAUACGCAACCUUCAUUUCAUAAAAGGAAUCUUUACGUUGUUUCUUUCCCAAUAAUAAUUUUGUUCAAUGUACUCAGAUCUAUUUUGUAUCAGUUAUUCAUAAUUUUUAAAUAUUUAUAUUCGGCGUCGCACCGUUUAAUGCACAAGCCUCGUAAAAACGGCGAGUGUAACUUAGAAGUUGUGGUGAAGGACGGAGUGGUGUCCACUGAGGUGCUCCACAGUGAAGAGAUGUCUCACAUACACAAUGUAGGGCCAGGUGACCCUCUCCUGGCAAAACAGAAGCAUCACCAUCGGAAAGCUUUUGAGUACAUUUCAAAAGCUCUCAAGAUUGAUGAAGAAAAUGAAGGUCAGAAAGAGUUAGCAAUAGAGUUGUACAAAAAAGGUAUAUACGAGUUAGAACGAGGCAUCGCCGUAGACUGCUGGGGAGGCCGUGGAGACGCCUGGCAGCGGGCACAGAGACUCCAUGACAAGAUGAAGACGAACCUCGGGAUGGCGAAAGACAGACUCCACUUCCUUGCGAACCUAGUCGCCCUCAGUAAGUUGGGCGUAGAGAGUGAACCAGAGCGAAGCGAAAAAAAACCGGAGUCUCUAAAGGUGCGCAGGCCCUUAGAGAAGUCGAAGACGACGUUGCUCGCUCACACAGAAAGUAACAGUGGUCAAACGAAGCCAUCGACCGAAGUUGCGGGUCGAAAGCUGACCACAGCUGGGCGGAGAGUGCCCAGCGGUGUGGGCGGACCGCUCAUGAAGUCUCAGACCCUGCCGAGGUCCAUGGGGAGGUCAUCAUCACAGCCAAAUAGCUCCAACGGCAGCUACAGCAGAUACCCAGUCAAGCCGGCAUCGACACCACCAGCUGUUAAAAGACAACUUUCGAGCGCGUAUCAGGUGCCAAACAAUGGGUCACCGGUGCGGCGGGCGGUCGGCGGAGGGUCACAGCGCGGGACACCUACACGCAGCAGGACCCCGCAGCCGGCGCUCUCCAUCCGAGGUGUUGACCCCAAGCUGGUGCAGUUGAUAUUAGACGAGAUAGUCGAGGGUGGGCCUAAGGUGCACUGGGAUGACAUCGCUGGGCAGGAGACUGCCAAACAAGCGUUGCAAGAGAUGGUUGUACUUCCUUCUUUGAGGCCUGAGCUUUUCACUGGACUGAGGUCACCGGCGAGAGGUCUUCUUUUGUUCGGACCACCAGGGAAUGGUAAAACAUUGCUGGCUCGGUGUGUAGCCGCCGAGUGUUCGGCCACAUUCUUCUCCAUUUCAGCAGCAACGCUCACCAGCAAGUACGUUGGUGACGGCGAGAAGAUGGUACGGGCGCUGUUCCAAGUUGCUAGAGAACUACAGCCGUCAAUAAUCUUCGUGGAUGAAGUAGACUCUCUGCUGUGUGAACGGUCUUCCGGUGAGCACGAGGCGUCCCGCCGGCUCAAGACUGAGUUCCUCGUGGAGUUCGACGGAUUGCCCGCCGCCGGUGCUGAUAGGCUCAUCGUCAUGGCGGCCACCAAUAGACCGCAGGAGCUCGACGAAGCAGCACUCAGACGGUUCCCGAAACGCGUGUACGUGUCGCUGCCGGACGUGCGGACGCGCGGCGCGCUGGUGCGGCGCGUGCUGGCCCGCGGGGCCGCCGCCGCCUCGCUCGCGGAGGAGGAGCUGUCGCGGCUGGCCGCCCUCACCGACGGCUACUCGGGCAGCGACCUCACCGCGCUCUGCAGGGACGCCGCGCUCGGACCCAUCAGAGAAUUAGACCCCGAGGAAGUGAAAUGCCUCGACCUGUCGUUAGUCCGGAGCAUCACUUUCCAAGACUUUAUGGACUCGUUGAAGCGCAUCCGGCCGUCCGUGUCGCCGCACAGUCUCGUCGCGUACGAGAAGUGGUCCGUACAGUACGGCGAUCUCGGACUAUGAACCAGAGCCAUGAAUGAUACAGGUCUUGACUCUUAUUGAAUAAAAAAGUAAGUCAUACAGAAGAAGGAUGAGGAACGGAUGGAACGAAAGAAAUGAAGCACAUAGAGAUUCACUUCUCGAAGGUUCUACCGCUCAAACAAAAUGUUGUAACGAUCGUAUUUAUCCCAUGCAUUUCCUUAUUGUGACAUACUUGAAUUUUAAUUUUAAGGUCAUAUUUUUAAUAGAAUAUGGAAUGGCGUCUAGUCAGAAUAUCGGUUUGAAAUAUAUGUAUUUUUGUAAGGGAUUGCAAGGAAACAGGUGGAAGUUUGACAAUGUAUUGUUAAGGCAGAGAUAUUUAGCCGCAUCUCAGAGGAGACUGUCUCGCUCUCAUGCACAAUAAACAUUUACAAUAAUAGCCAGUAAUUUAAUAUACUUUUAACUUGCUAUAGAAUCAAUAAUCAAUGUUUAUUGCAUUCCAUAAUAAUGUUUGAUAAAAGAUGUUGAUACUUGAUACAUUUAGAUCAAAAUGCACGCUAUUAGGGCACACAAACAUAACAAAAUUAUUGUUUUAACAAAUUAUCAAUAUUCGACUAAAAUAUCUUCGCAACAGUAACCCCAAAUGGGGUAGAGACUACUGUCAUUGCAACUGUCGACGUCAUGGUGAACGCACCACGUGACUCGGCAACAUAUGAAACAUUUCGCUGAGUAAUAUAGGUAUUUUUCGGAACUAAGAAUCUACCUAUGACUUUAAGAAUAAUGUAGUUUGUUAUCGAUAUUCACAGUAGUGGAAGUCAGCCAGAAAUAUAAAUUGACAUACAAUAUUUUUAAAUGAGAAUUGUACUCACUACCUUUGCAGUCGACAAGUCGUAGUGAACCACUAGCUCAAGAUACUUUCAGUCUGAUUGUAAUGUCUCUCAUAAUUAAUUAUAGUGACACUAACGUGUGAUAUUAUAUGACAAACAACUUGAUUAUUAAGAUUUUUUAAGGAAUAAACAUUGAUAGAUUUACGGCUAUUUAUCUGAACCUGCCUCUCAUUUAAAUGUUGUGAUAGCUAUGUUUAAAGUGCACAUUUACAUAUUUCAAAUUAAAUGAAAAAUAUUUUUUUCAUGUAGGUUAUUUUAGCCGUUUAUGAACGUUUAGUUUAUUAUUUUGUUUUUUUUUUCGUCUAUUGCCUAAUAAGCCCUUUAUUUAGCUACUGACAAAAAGCUAGUUACAAUAGAGGGAAUAAAGAUGUUUUAGUUUUGUAUAUGUGCAUAAAAUAUUAAACUUUUACAACAUGUAAAUGAGAAUAUACUAGUUUAACCAUAUAAUAAGCCGAACGGACGGAUCAUUAAUGCAACUCGACUCAAUAGAGAUGUCGCUUUCAAUGCUCAUAUUUGUAUGAUUUGAGAAAUUUACGCUUCCGUGCUCAAUACCUUCUUAAUUGAGUCGGGUUAUAUUAGCCCUCUACUACAACCCGUCCAAAAUUAAAAGGAUCUUGUAUAAUGGUAUAAAAUUAAAUGACAUUUGUGUUAAUUUUGAAUUCUAACCUAUUUGGCUUGUUCGGCUUAUUUUUAUUUCUAAAUUUGGGUAGGAUCUUACAUAAAGAAAUAUUAAGAAGAUUGCCUUGCAUUUUCGUACAUAACAAUACUACCAUGAUAUUAUACUUAUAGUCGUUUUAUAUAACUAUACUUAUUAUAUAUUUAACAUUUCUUCCAGGACGUAUAAUAAAAUGCGGGGUUAAUUCCAAUUUCCUAUAUAAUACUUAUGCAGAAUAUAAUAAUGUGAUGAAAUUUCUUACAAUUUAUGUUUUAAAUUAUUUUCUAAUGUUGACAUCUUUUUUCUUUAUUACAAUAAAAUAAAAUAAAAUACCAGACCAUAGAUACAGAACAAAUAGUUAACCUGUACAAAUUGUGUUUACCAUUUAUUUUUAGUGUAGGCAAUACCUCAUUUUAUUAAUUAAAUUAAUUUAAUGGUCGGAAACCCUGAAAUAAUGUUGAAGUCUGAAAAUAAGAGUAAUUUAUAUAAGCACACAUAUAUUUAUCCUCACUAUAACCAGUGAUUUUGUAUUAUUAUUUUUACAAAAGGCGUACUAUUAAUUAAUUACGCAUAGCAACUUUUUAAUAUAAAUAAAUUUAUUGUUAUUAAUGUACUUAUUCUAAUUCUGUUGAUUAUUCAUUAUUUUUAAUCGUGUAUUGCUACAGAUGUAUGUUUAGACAACGGUGUCGAUUCUAAAGAUGUCGUAAUCCUAUGUAGUCCGUAGACGAUCGAGCCUCGGAGCUCGAUUUUGUAUAAGUCCUUAUUUUUUUAUUUAGGAAAAUCUAUGCAUCUUUAUUAAAACAAAUAAAACUUAUUCUAAAUUCAAACAAUUAUCUAAAUCAUUAACCUUUUCUAGGUACGGAAUCGACACCAUUAUACUGUGCUAGUUUUAUUAUUUUCUCUAUGACAGUUCGUAUUUCUUACAAGAGUCCUGCUUUUAGAAGUAAUGUAUAAUAUAAUUAAACAUGACUAGUCAGUACACAAAUUAUUUUGAAUUCUUUUACAUUCUAAGUCAGUUGUCAUGGAGAAAAUAAUAAAAUUGACUAGCUGUUAGUAGUUAUUUUUGAUUAUACAUUAUUGCAUAAUGCUGCAAAUCUUAUGAGUAUUUGUAUCACAUAAAAGACGGGUAGAAACCACUUCCUUACAGUAAGCAGAGAACAAAACGUUUUGCUCAAACAGUUAUAACGCAAUCUGGCGUUUGGAGCAGUGUAGUAAUAAAAAAUAAUAUAUUUUCAUAAUAGUUUGUUAUAAAAUUGUCUAUCUCUUCGAUUUAAUGUUAUUGGAAAAUAUCAAUUAUUGGACCACGCAUUUGUAUUUUAGUCGACACAGUGGGUCACUUAGUAACGCGGAGUUUUAGGGUGAUCUCACACUGGCGAUUUGAUAGCGAGUACAUAAAUAUUUAGACGCGGGUCCCGGUGAACAGUCUUUUAGACUCGUUCGAGUCUUAAAAAUAACUAAAGUGAUGUGAGAACAGGACGGGGUGUAGUCUAGACAGCGAGCUCACUACGUGGUAGUAGCGAAGAAGCUUCACUUUGAAUUCACCAACAAAUCGGUAGUGUGAUGUCACUAUUAUAUAAGGUUUUUCUAAACUUUUAUGCAGACUUUGUAAGUCGUCGUCCAUAAUGCAGUGAUUCCCAAAGUAUGGGUAUAUUUUGAGUGGAUCCUGCAUGCAAGCAUCACUAAUAAAUUGUAUCACUACUAAAAUUAAUAAUAUUUCUCUUUCUAAAAAUUCGACCUUAUUGCUAUUAAAACAAUUGAAAGUUACAAAAUAUCUGCAAUCUAAUUUAGAAGUGCCGUAUAUAUAAAACAGACAGUCGAGAUUUAAUAUUGUAAUCUUUAUUUGUAUCUAUAAUUAAAUAUUUAUACUAUUAGAUAUGUCAUUUCGGUGCAAUGCCCAUGUCAGUACUUUAAUUGAUAUUCUUUUACCUCUGAACGAGAGAUAAAACCUUUAAUAAUCUACUUUUUUUAAAGAUACCUUUCAUAUUACAUAUCUUUGUUACGAAAAAAUCUCGAUUGUUCUAGAAGCCUGGUCAGAAUUUUAUAUUACAGCUAUUUUAAAUAAUUCAAAUUUAAUUUGUGUGUCAAUUUUUCGUUUUAUUUCUGACCAGUCCUCGUAGCUCUGCUCGCCGUUAAACCACUUAGCCAAAACAUUUGUAAUAACUAAUUAUUAAUAGUUGUAACAUAUUUCCUAAUAAAAGACAGCGAGUAGCAGUUAGUGCAGUUGAAAGUAGCCGUUAUUUUUAGAUUAUUAGAGUAUUUAUAGUUGUUUCCAAUAUGUUUAUGGCUGUUUGUGGUUGCAGCAUGGUUAAUUUUUUUAAUAAGAGCUGUAACAUAUGUACUUUUGGAUAUGACCAUUACUUGGUGUGUUGUUGUAUAUUGCAAGGUUUAUAGUUUUCUUUCAAUAGGAGUAAGAUGUGGGUAUACGUGUUCUCUGUUUAGAACGGUCGGCAAAGUUUGCGUGUUACAGUUGCUUAUUAGCUUUUUUUAAUGUAAGCGAAUGCUUUUUAACAAUGUUUUUUAAUCUGUAUUAUCGCUUUUUUCUGAAUUUAUAAUGUAUUAAAAAUUAAACAUGCUGCAACUACGAAUUUGUAGAUAUGCUAAUUGUAAUAAAUAGAAUUAACAUUUCUAGUUGUAGUCUGACAUAGAAAUUCAUUUAAGCUCUUUAGAUAGUGUAAUUGUAACAUCUAAAGCUUGCCAUACACUACCAGAUUUUAGGCAAAGGUAACGUACAUUAUCAACCAAAUUUGGUUUAAAUUUGAAUUGAGAAUUGUAGUAAAUAUCAUAGGUAGGCUUUCAUUAAUAAAUCAUGUCUUAUAUAUAUUCUUCUCUGUAUUAUUCCAGUAUAUAUAUUACAGACAAAGUAGCCCAUAGAUAUAUCCUUUAUUUGUAUUCAGGUUUAUGUACAUCUACAUAUAUUUCUUGUUCGAAUUCGUUCAUUUUAUAAGUUAAUAUUUUAUAUAUGUAUACAUAUUAGUAAAAUAUACUUAUAUUUUUGUUGACAUUUCAAGUUUUAAACAUAUAUAAUAAAUUUGUAUCGGUUUUAUAUUUAUAUAUUUUGCCUAUUAAUUUUCAACUUUGUACAAAUGAAAGAAAAAAUUGGAAGUGUGUGGUCAAAAGUAGUCGUGAUUAAAAUUGAAAUCGUAUAAGAUUGUGAAUAUCGAUGUUAUUUAUCGAUACAGUGUUAAGUGUAUAAGGGGAUAUAAUUGUCAGUUAAAUUGGAACAUUGUUAAUUCUGUUAGAACCACUUCUCUGUUUAACGGAAUUAUGCCUUUUUUAGGUUCGAUUCUAUCAAGCUGAAUGGUUCUUCAGAAUUAGUGAUGGGACAACCACUGACUUAUAUUGGUAUAGUGUCAAAUCUUUGUAUCGAUAUCGAUAUUUGUAAAGUUGGCAACAGAGUGUGAAGUUGUAUUAGAUGGGCAAGUGUGCAAAUAUUGUAGUUGUGAUUUUGUAUUGAUUUUAAAACUGUUUCGGUUGUGGUCCUUUUGGAUUGUUUGAAUUACUCAAUUGUUUGUUUGUAUAUGAAUAUAUAUGAAUUAAUGAAUUUAGGAACGUCAGGAUAAAUCGUGUUAAUUCGAAAAAUAUAAAUUUUUAAUAGGUAUAUAUAUGCAGUUGAUAUUUCUUUUCAUACAUUUUUUUUCGUCUUAUUCUCGGAAAAGAACUAUCCUAUGAGUUAAAUAACUAUUACAGUGCUAUAACAUAUUCUUUUAAAUUAAGAAAAUAGGCCGAAAUGAAUGUUACGAUACUUCAAUAACUAAAGUACAUUUAUUAGAGGGAUUAGUGUUUUUCUGAAUAAGGGUUUAAGUCAAAAUAUUGUUCUGCUAUUACAGACUUUUUAGUAUUUUUCAGACGUUGAGCUCGAAAUCAAUUAUUGACUAUUAAUACAUUGGUUUCAUAUUUUAUGGUCCAUUGAAUGGCGUCGGUGAUCUACCGGUUUAGCACACCGCCUUACUUCUGGUGAUACUUAUGGUUGCGGGUUCUAUUCCUCGUACCAUGCAAAAAAUUGUAUUCACGUUUGUAUUGGUCUGAGUAUUUUCUAUGUACAUAUAUUAUGUAUGUAUUUAAAAAAAUUCUAUCCGUUGUCUAGUACCCUUAACACAAACACUGCUUAGCUUGGGACUAGAUGGCGUGGUGUGAAACCAGGGUUAUUAUUAUAAAUGAGGUAAUAAACAUUGUCAAUAGAUAUAUUCAAAUUACUAGUAACUUGUUUUUGAAUUGGAGUGGAUUGAAAUCUAUAUUGAAAUUGGAAUUGAGAGUACACAGAACUGCAAACAUAAAACAUAUUCUAAAACUGUUGUUCCUGAAUUCAUGAUAAACUUUACUACAAUUGUGAAAAAUUUCGCUUUUUACUAAUGAUUGUUAUUAAUAAUGUUUGUUUGACCUUUUAAUAUAUAAUUAAUUUUUAUGUCUUUUAUAAAAGUUUUCUACAUGGUCAUGUUUUAAUUUAGAAUAUAAAGCAUGUUUAAAGCACAAUUGGUUAUAAAUUUUAUUCUAAAAUGAACAGCAAUUAAGGAAAACAAUCGGCGUUAAAGAAUGUGAGGAAAAGCUUACUUUUCAAAAUCAAAGUAAAUAUUGUAAACUGCAGUUUAAAGCCAUAAAAUCAAUCUAAAACUAUCGAAGAAGUUAACGUUUAGUUUAUUGGUAUUGCAAUUGUUAUUUCACAAUUUAAUUUAAGAUUAAAUACUUUCAUAAUAGUAUCUAAUAAACUCGGAAAUGUUCACAUUCUUAUUCGUACAUAGUGUAAAUGUAAACAGUCAAUACAAUCUGAGUACAUAAUUCAAAGUUUAAUUAAAUACCUAUUCCCAUACAAAAACUCAUGCAAGUUGCAGUCGGGAUGUACUCGGAGGGUCACUGCAUAUAUAAGCAAUGCAAUUCGCAAUAUAUUCAUAUUUGAAAGGGUUUUAUAUUGUCGGUGAAUAUGUUAGAAGCCGAGUUGUAAUGUUGACAACUCCAAUUCUCAAAUGGUUGCAAUAUUCAAUGUGAAUGAAAUGAGAAUUAUUAAUUGCUUUUCAUAAUCAAGCCUCUAAACUCAUAUUGUUUGUGAAAUUUCGCUUCGCUGUGAUAUCCUUAAUAAGUCGCCUUUUUUUAUUUUACACGCAUGCUUUUAUGACACGUUUGCACUGAUUUAUUGCGAAUUUCAGACUACCCAUUACACCAAUAAUUGUAUAUAUUUUUUUAUAUUUCCUAAUUAAUACAUCAUUCAGUAUGUACAAAACUUGUAUUUUUUCCCUAUGUCGAGAAUGGAAGUCGUGUUAACGGUAGUAACUUUUGUGAGUCUGCUAUUAAUUAUCGUGAAAUAUCUACUGAUAUUAACUUUUCAUAAUAUUUUUUUUAGAUUUCUUUUAUAUAAAUAAUAUUCUAUGUUGGUGUAAUGGGUAAUCUUAAACAUGAUUUAACGAGCUUCGUAUCAUAUAAGUAACGGAUUUGACUGAUUUGUUACCUAAUAAUAAUCAUUUUUAUAGUGAUUUUUGAUGUUACGGUAAUUAAAUUUCAUAAACUCAAAGCAAGUUCAAAGCCAAGUACCGUAUUCGGGGCGAUGAAAA